CCCAGAUGGAGUGACGAAACUUAUCGCAAUCAGUUGCAAUUGGGGGCACUUUGCUCCUCUUCCUACCUUGAAGCUCGUCGGUGGCUUCUCCAAAAACUGCAACAACUUCCCACGACCUCUGUUUUUUUGCCUUCCUGACUGCCUCGGACCUACUUCAGGGCUUACCAAUCGUCCCUCCUCCGCCGACCUGAUGCCGAAGAAACUCUCAAAGAACCCCCAAGGAGGGAGCACCACAAAUCUCGGGACGCCCUCGACCUCAACGACGAAUUCGACCUCCCUCUCCCUCCCUAGAAUCCUGACCGACGAGCUCCCCCUUCCAAAACUCAUCGUCUUUGACCUCGACUACACACUUUGGCCCUUCUGGGUCGAUACCCACGUCUCAGGGCCACUGAAAGCCAACGCGACACACUCGGCAGUCACAGACCGCCAUGGCGAGUCCUUCGCCUUCUACCAGGACGUGCCGCGGAUACUCUACACUCUCCCACUAGCAGGCAUCAAGAUCGCAGUUGCGUCACGGACGUCGGCACCCGAUUUAGCAAGGGACAUGCUAAAGCUCCUGCACGUUCCGCCGCCGAGUGCCGAGGAAGGAGGGAGCGGCAAGAAAGAGAAGACGAAGAAGGCACUCGAGUACUUUGACGCACCGUUGGAGAUUUACCCUAGUAGCAAGAUAAAACAUUUCGAGACGAUAUUCAGGAAAACGGGUAUUCCAUUCACGGACAUGCUCUUCUUUGAUGACGAGAGUCGAAAUCGGGAGACGGAGAGUUUGGGGGUGACUAUGCAGCUGGUGAGGGACGGUGUGACGUGGAACGAGAUCGAGAAGGGCGUGGGGGAGUGGCGCAAGAGGAGAGGAUACUCGGGAUAGACGGGCCCUGUGCGACUAGGCGGUGGACCGGUUUGGCACAGAAAGGCGUUCGGCGGGUUGAAUGAUAGAGUUUGGUUCCUGUUGCACUUGCGCACUGGCUAGACCCGAUAGAUGGGGAUAUGGAGACGGGAUGAUCCAAACUUAGAUCUACUUGAUGUUGGGUCUUUGGGUAGAUGGGACGGUACAACGCAAUGAUACCAAAUGCUUUGUUAUUAAAUAGAUGUCCGAAUUAAAUCGACGA